CAACCCUUUAUAAUGCACUUGAUUCUAAUAAACUUUUUAGAAAAUGAGUUUGAGAUAGACUUGAAUUCUUUCCUCUGAUAGUGAUUUCCUCUCUAUCUUUAGUCUUUACAGCUCAGGUUGAUUUCAUUCAUGCACAACUUCCAUAUCCAAAACACCUUUCCUUUCCUUCUUAUUUAUUAUGCUCAAUUAAACAAAUGUGUGUGAUUAUGUAGGUAAUUUAUUUCUCCAAUUCGUUGCCUAAAUUGUCUUAUUAAAAGCAUUAUCUGGCGCAUGCAUCUCCAUUUGCAGGUUUAGGACAUGUUGUUUGUGGGGCAAAGCUGGUGGCGGGGCGGCUUCCAAGUUUGAAAAAAAAUGGUGAGAAGAAGAGUGGAUCUCCGUUCAGACACUGUAACAAAACCAACCGAAAGCAUGCGUGCAGCCAUGGCCAGUGCUGAGGUGGAUGAUGACGUAUUAGGAAAUGACCCAACUGCCCUUCGUCUGGAAAAACAGAUGGCAAGGAUAAUGGGCAAAGAGGCUGCUUUAUUUGUGCCCUCGGGCACUAUGGCAAACCUCAUCUGUGUUCUCACUCAUUGCCAGAUCAGGGGCAGUGAGGUCAUUCUUGGAAAUUACUCCCAUAUUCAUAUCUACGAAAACGGAGGCAUUUCUACUAUAGGAGGCGUUCAUCCAAGAACUGUCGAGAACAAUGAAGAUGGAACAAUGGACAUUGACCUUAUUGAAGGAGCUAUAAGAGAUCCAAGCUUCGAAAUAUGUUAUCCCACUACAAGGCUCAUUUGCUUGGAGAAUUCACAUGCACAUUCUGGUGGUAGAUGCCUGUCUGCUGAGUACACAGACAGAGUUGGAGAGCUAGCAAAGAAGUAUGGGUUAAAGCUUCAUAUUGAUGGGGCUCGUAUAUUUAAUGCAUCUGUGGCUCUUGGAGUACCCGUUCAUAGGCUUGUACAGGCUGCUGAUUCGGUGACAGCUUGCCUGUCAAAAGGUCUUGGUGCUCCAGCUGGCACUAUGAUUGCAGGUUCAGAAAAUUUCAUUGCCAAGGCCAAGAUUCUUAGGAAGACAUUAGGUGGUGCUAUGAGACAGAUUGGUGUUUUAUGUGCUGCUGCUUUGGUUGCAUUGGAUGAAAAUGUUGACAAGCUAGCAAGUGAUCAUAAGAAGGCUAAGAUUUUGGCUGAGGGGCUCAACAAUAUCAAGGGAUUGAAAGUUGAUAUACCGUCUGUGGAGACCAAUAUUGUCUACUUUGAUAUACUAGAGGACUUGAAUAUCGCAGAACUGAUGAAAAAUCUAGAAGCACAUGGAGUACUUGUGAUGGCAGAAGGUUUGCGCAAAUUGAGGCUGGUAAUUCACCAUCAGAUUUCAGAAAACGACGUGCACCAUACACUUUCUUGCUUCCAGAAACUUAUGGCGGGCCGCCCUGGUGAAAAUGGUGGCAUGUAAGGAGUCUGAUUAGCGUCAUCUUUUUAAUUGUUUCGUGCAAUUGGGAAAAAUAAUUAUGUCAAAAUUGGUUAUGGACAUCUGCACAAGUAUUUGCUGCUGUGAUGCACAUGGAUAAAUUUAAUUCUAAUAAUGUAUUUUGAUAUAUAUGAAUCAUGUGCUUCGUAUUCAUGUUUUAAUAAUUUUUUUUUAUUUGUCAAGUGUUGAAAGAUUAGUUAAUAAUUGGACGUUAGACUUGCUAGCGCAUCUAAACUGUGGGAUUGAAGGAUUGUAAUAUAACAAAUAUAAAAUAAAGUAUUAUUGAGUAAUUAUUUUAUUUUA